CUUUCAACUUUUUUUCCUCCUGAACCCUCGUCACAGAACCAUGAACCACCCCAUCCUCUCAUCUCCUACUUUCCUUUUUUUUCCCCGCCCCAUCCCCGUCUUUUAUUUGUCUGGCCCUCUCCUCCUCCUCCUCCUCCUUCAUUUGCAUCUCCCCUGCCUGAUUCACCUCAAUUCAUCUCUUGAUACCCACAGGUUUGAUUUGGUUACCCCUCUUCCCUCUAAUCUCAUUACCUUCCGUAGACAAUGGCCAACGCACAAGAACUCGCUUUUACACCAAUGCGUUAGGCCAACGACACUUGAGACGAGUUAUAUCCUGACGUUUUGUUUAUUUUGCGGUCUCUCUCUUUUUCAUUGCAUGUCUGGACGCGUCUCCACUGCCACCUUCAUACCGAUCCCACUCUCCUCCAUCACCCUUCCAUCACCCUCCUCCCAUGCAGCAGACCAGAUUUCUCAAUUUUUUUUAUCUACCCUACUUAGAGUAAAGUCUGUCAGCGACACUUUUGUAAUUAGCUUGUUAUUGGGUUCAAUGUUGGAAUUUUAA